GCGCAGUUUCUCAGCUUCGCUCGCCCCAGCGCUCCGGCCCAGCUCUCGCGGACAAGUCCCGACAUCGCGCGCCACCCCCCCCCCCUCCGGGACCGCCCCUUCCCCCUCUCGGCGUCGUCGAAGAUAAACAAUAGUUGGCUGGCGAGCGCCGAGUUAGUCUCCCGCCGCAGGAUUCGGCGGGCUGCGUGGGAGCGGCGGGAUCCUGGCCAGCCGGCCAUGGCGGGGCUGUACUCGCUGGGAGUGAGCGUCUUCUCUGACCAGGGCGGGAGGAAGUACAUGGAGGACGUUACCCAGAUCGUUGUGGAGCCCGAGCCGACGGCCGAAGAAAAGCCUUUGCCGCGGCGGUCGCUCUCUCAGCUGUCGCCUCGGCCAUCGUCGCCACCACCGCCGACUCUCCCUGACAGUGGAGUCUCGGGCCCGGCGGUGGCAGCCCGCGAUCCUCCCCCGGAGCCCGGGGCCUCGCCGGCUCCCAGCCGCUGCUGCCGCCGCCGCUCCUCGGUGGCGUUUUUCGCGGUGUGCGACGGGCACGGCGGGCGGGAAGCGGCCCAGUUUGCCCGGGAGCACUUGUGGGGUUUCAUCAAGAAGCAGAAGGGCUUCACCUCGUCCGAGCCUGCGAAGGUUUGCGCUGCCAUUCGCAAAGGCUUCCUCGCUUGUCACCUAGCAAUGUGGAAGAAACUGGCAGAUUGGCCCAAGACCAUGACAGGUCUUCCCAGCACAUCAGGGACAACUGCCAGUGUGGUCAUCAUCCGGGGCAUGAAAAUGUAUGUUGCUCACGUUGGUGACUCUGGGGUGGUUCUUGGAGUUCAGGAUGACCCGAAGGAUGAUUUUGUCAGAGCUGUGGAGGUGACACAGGACCAUAAGCCAGAACUUCCCAAGGAAAGAGAAAGAAUCGAAGGACUUGGUGGGAGUGUUAUGAAUAAGUCUGGAGUAAAUCGUGUAGUUUGGAAACGACCUCGACUCACUCACAACGGACCUGUACGAAGAAGCACAGUUAUUGACCAGAUUCCUUUUCUGGCUGUAGCAAGAGCACUUGGUGAUUUGUGGAGCUAUGAUUUCUUCAGUGGUGAGUUUGUUGUGUCACCUGAACCAGAUACCAGUGUCCACAAUCUUGAUCCCCAGAAGCACAAGUAUAUUAUCUUGGGUAGUGAUGGACUUUGGAAUAUGAUUCCACCUCAAGAUGCCAUCUCAAUGUGUCAAGACCAGGAGGAGAAAAAAUAUUUGAUGGGUGAGCAUGGACAAUCAUGUGCCAAAAUGCUUGUGAAUCGAGCACUAGGCCGCUGGAGACAACGUAUGCUCCGAGCUGAUAAUACUAGUGCCAUAGUAAUCUGCAUCUCUCCUGCAGUAGACCUCCAGGGCAGCUUCACUAAUGAAGAUGAGCUCUAUCUGAACCUGACUGAUAGUCCCUCCUAUAAUAGUCAAGAAUCCUGUGUGAUGACUCCGUCUCCUUGUUCUACACCACCGGUCAAAACACUGGAGGAGGAUCCCUGGCCUAGGCUGAACACUAAGGACCAGAUACCUGUCCUUGUUCGUAGUAAUGCCUUCUCAGAAAAUUAUUUAGAGAACCCACCUGAGGUCACUCGAGGGAGUAUUCAGCCUGUAGUCAUACCCUCAAAAGAUCCAGAGCUACUUGAGGAAAAUUGCACUAAAACCCUGACUUUAAGGAUACAUGAUUCUUUGAAUAAUAGUCUGUCAGUUGGCCUUGUGCCUACUAAUUCAACAAAUACCAUCAUGGAUCAAAAAAACUUAAAGAUAUCAAUUCCUGGUCAAAUGAAAGCUCAAGAAGUUGAAAGAACCCUGCCAGCAAACUUUAAAAGGACAUUGGAAGAAUCCAAUUCGGGCCCUCUUAUGAAGAAAUACAGACGAAAUGGCUUGAGUCGAAGUAAUGGUACUCAGCCUGCAAGCCUCCCCACAACCUCACAGCGAAAGAACUCUGUUAAAUUUACCAUGAGACGCAGACUUAGGGGCCAGAAGAAAAUUGGAAAUCCCUUACUGCAUCAGCACAGGAAAACUGUUUGUGUUUGCUGA